CAGAGGAGUAAAUCACGGAAAACCCGUUUGAGAGCGCGACAGGGCUCCCGCUUACAGCGCUAACACCGGAAUUGUGAUGCGCACGAGCCCUUCCUCCUCUACUUCUCCUUCUCCUUCUUCUUCUUCUUCUUCUCUUUCCUCUUCUUUUUCUUCUUCUUCUUCUUCUUCGCCGGAGAUUUUAUGGAAUCGGCGUGAUUGGUGUUAUUGUCGCUGCUGUGGUGGCGGUGGUUGUGGCUGUGACUGCUCUGGCUGGCUGCCGUUACCGUUACUCACAUCGCGACCGGCUCGUCUGUUGUGGCCGUGAGAGGGGGGAAACACCACAACAACGGUCACCGACACCGGCGGCAGACCUGCCUCACUGUCUCCCUCCCCUCCGUCUCUCUCUCUCUCCGUGUGUGUGAGCGUGUGUGUGUGUGUGUGUGUCGGUGUCCCUCUGCCUCUAAACCGCACGACAGAAGCAGAAAAAAAAAAAAAAGAAAACACAACUGAAAGCCGCCGGUCGCUUCCUUCAGCCCCACUCUGACUCUGCCGAGGCGAACACAAACUGAAACAACAACAAAACAACAAACAACAAAACAAAGAUGAGUUCAUAUUUCGUCAACUCGCUCUUCUCUAAAUAUAAAAGCGGGGACUCGUUACGUCCGAACUACUACGAGUGCGGUUUCGCGCAGGACCUGGCCGGGAGCCGGCCCACCGUGGUGUACGGCCCGGGCUCCGGCGCCACCUUCCAGCACGCACCGCAGAUCCAGGACUUCUACCACCACAGCGCCUCCACGCUGCCCAGUAACCCGUACCAGCAGAGCCCUUGCGCGGUCACAUGCCACGGCGAGCCGGGCAACUUCUACGGAUACGACGCCCUGCAGCGACAGACGCUUUUCGGGGCCCAGGACGCGGAUCUGGUCCAGUACAGCGACUGUAAGCUGGGAGGCGCACCGGGGCUCGGCGGCGAGGACGCGGAGGGAACCGAGCAGAGCCCCUCACCGACGCAGCUGUUUCCCUGGAUGAGGCCGCAAGUAGCUGCGGGCAGGAGGCGUGGCCGGCAGACCUACAGCCGCUACCAGACUUUGGAGCUGGAGAAGGAGUUCCUGUUCAACCCCUACCUGACCCGGAAACGCCGCAUUGAGGUGUCGCACGCGCUGGCGCUGACGGAGAGGCAGGUAAAGAUCUGGUUCCAGAACCGGAGGAUGAAGUGGAAGAAGGAGAACAACAAGGACAAGUUCCCCAGCAGCAAGAGCGAGCAGGAGGCGGUGGAGAGGGAAAGAAGGGAGAAGGAACUGCGGGAGGGCGGCGGAAGUGGAGGAGGAAGUGGGGAAGGUGGAGGUGGAGGGGGAGGCUCGGUGGCGGUGGCGGGCACGGCGGGAUCACAAGCCCCCGUGAAUGAGGAUUGCUGCGAGAAAACUCAUAAGCAAAUGUAG